AUGGAUACAGUAAACAUUCAAUUAAAUUUUGAAGAAAAAUCUCAAGAAUUUCCAUAUUUUUCCAAACCUGAAUGUAUCUCUGAAUUUACACUUAAACAGGAUAGAAAAAUGACAUUUGGAAGGAGUGGAGCAAAAUAUUUGUAUGAAAAUUGCCUUGAUGAAAGUCAUCCAAAUUAUAAUUUAAAUGAUGGAUUUGAUAGUUAUAUUAAAAAAGAAGAAGAUGAAAAAAUUAAUAUUCUUCUUGAAUGGAUUAUAUCUCAAACACCGGCAAAAUAUGUAGAUUUAAAAAAAAUUUGUCAUGAUGUUGAUUUUGUAUGUUUUCGGGGAUUAUUGACAAAAAUUGGAAAUUCUUUGUACAGUGAAAAUGAUACAUUUAGGGCUGUUGCAAAGCUUUAUAAUGGUGUAAUUUUUCUUUGUGAAUAUCCUACAGAAGAUGAGUUAGAAAAGAUAGCUAAUAUGUCAGAAAAGGAUAAAAAAUUUACAUAUUGGGGACAUAAAUUUGAACAAUAUGUUACUUGUGGGUAUAAAAAUUCUUUACCUGAUACUACUACUCCAGUUUCAGCAUAUGAUGAAUAUGUAGGUAUUUUUAAAGCUUACCUUGAAGGUGUAGGUGAUAAUCAUGAUAAAAUUAGUCUUAUCUAUGGUGCUGAGCUUGAUUGUAUUGAUCCAAAAACUGGUAAAUUAAUAGAACUUAAAACUCAAUAUGAUACUUUAAAUGCUUCUUUUUGGAGAUACAAAGCUUUAAAAUGGUGGUUACAAAGUUUCUUAGUUGGUAUAAAUAAAAUAGUUGUUGGUUAUAGAGAUAAUGAUGGAAUUAUUAAGAAUGUUGGUGUUUUACCAGUAUCAGAAUUAACCUCUGGAUCUAAGGCAAAUUUUUCAGCUAAAUUAGUUAUGAAUUAUAUUCUCAAAACAUUAGCUGUUAUAAAACAAGCAUUUAUUGAUAAAAAAGAUAGUGUUAUUAUAAUGGAAAAGAAAAAAAAUGUUAAAGCUGUUGAGCUAGUUAGAAUAAAUGAUCCCAAAACAAUCAAUAUUGAUAUUUUUACGAAAGAAUUUAGGGAAAGAUUUCCAAGACAAUAUUACUAG